GAUUGGGUUGGGACUUGGGAGCUUGGGACUUGGGAUUCGUCUCUUUAAUUUGGCAGAUAAUUUAUUGGAAAAACUAUUUUCAACAAACGAAGUUAGGCAAUUUCGUGAAUUCCAAUUUAAAUACUUGGAUGGAUGAGAACGACAGGAAAAUGUAUAAUCUUCGUUUAAAAAAUAAAAUAAAAAUGUAAAUAAAUUAAAAAAAAAAAAAACGUUUGAAGGACCUUGCUACACUAAAAUGAUGUAUUUUGUUAAAGACACUAUAAUUAAAAAAAAAAAAAUAGGUCAUAGCUAAAUGAUAGCCUCUGUUUCCUCCUUUCCGUUUCUAAAACUGUCGUCUGCAUAUUUAUUUCAGUGGCAUUCGGCAUUGACUGUUGACUUGAGUUAGUUAAUUAUCUUGUUGUGAACCAACUUUGAAGUAAGACCGAAAAUUGUCUUAGUUCUGGAAUCAUGCGCACGGUCGCAUUAAUAAGUGGAGGGAAAGAUAGCUGUUACAAUAUAUUGCAAUGUAUAGCUGCUGGUCAUGAAAUUGUGGCACUAGCCAAUCUCCAUCCACCAAUAAGUUCCAAUGAAUCUAAAAUUUCCACACUUGAUGAAAUGGACAGCUACAUGUAUCAAACUGUAGGGCAUGAUGCCAUAGACCUUUAUUCAGAAGCAACUGGUUUACCACUGUACCGAGAAGCCAUCAUAGGGACAAGUCUACAACAAGGUUCAGAUUACACACAUGAAAGUCAUGAAGAUGAAGUGGAAGAUUUAUACAGACUUCUUUCCCAUGUGAAAGAAAUGGAAGCAAUUGAAGCUGUUUCUGUUGGUGCCAUCUUGUCAAAUUAUCAAAGAGUGCGAGUAGAAAACGUGUGCAAUAGGCUUUGUUUAACAUCUCUGAGCUAUUUGUGGCAGCGUGAUCAAGAAGAGCUUCUAAAUGAGAUGAUUUUGAGUGGAAUGAAUUCAAUUCUCAUUAAAGUUGCUGCACUUGGUCUUGAUCCUAAAAAACAUCUUGGUAAAUCACUCCAAGAAUGUCAACAUGAUCUACUCAAACUGAAGGCUAAAUUUGGUUUGAAUGUAUGUGGCGAAGGAGGCGAAUACGAAACUUUGACAUUAGAUUGCCCACUUUUCAAAAAAAGUAUUGUUGUAAUAGAAUCGGAAACUGUUCCACAUUCUAAGGAUCCAUUCGCUCCUGUAGCUUAUCUAAAGUUCCCCAAGCUCUCACUUGCCCACAAAGAAUCCACCGUUCCAAGUGAUGUUGAACCGAUAAGAAAACCCGAGGAUUUCUGCCGAAAUGAAUUGGAUAGCUACUGUUUUGACGAAACAUCUCAAGACAUUUCUUCUCGUUAUGUAUUUGAAAAAGCCGAUGUGGUUUCAUUUAUCGGAAGCAGUAAAACCAAUUCUGGUAUUAUCUUCGUCGGGGGAAUAAUCGCUAAUUCAGAAGCUGAUUUAACAAUCAUGAUGAAUACCCUUAAAGGAAUUCUUGAAAACCAUGGCUCUUGUAUGAAAGCACUAUUAUCUGUUUGUCUCUAUAUCAGAGACAUGGCAGAUUAUCCUCGAAUUAAUAAUAUUUACAGUCAAUAUUUUGAUUUAAAUCCACCUACGCGAGUUUGCGUCCAAGCUCCUAUUACUUGCUACGCAAUAAUUGAAGCCAUAGCCACUUUGUCAAUUGAUCGCAAGCGUUCAAUGCAUGUUCAAAGUAUAUCCCAUUGGGCACCGGCUAAUAUUGGUCCAUACAGCCAAUGUGUCCAAAUAGGAAAUCUUCUUAUGGUUUCGGGACAGAUCGGUUUGAUCCCUGGAUCAAUGACUUUGCCAAAUCCUAUCAACUUUCUUGCAGAGUGUCGCCUUGCACUUCGUCAUGCUGCUCGUGUUCUCAGCGCAAUGGAUACGGAAAUUUCUCUUAGCCAUGCCCUACAAGUCGUGUGCUUUGUGCGUAGUGAGGUUCAUAUACCUGUAGCUAAAGCGACAUGGAGAGAGUAUGGUGGUGAUUCGGAUCAACCAAUUGCUUUUGUCGUCGUUAGCAAUUUGCCAAGAAAUGCAUUGGUAGAAUGGCAAAUUUGGGCUCACCGGACUGAAGGAUCAAGCGAAAAAUUCUCGGCAAUAGUGUCACCAUCAAAACAAGUUGGCCAUAUGUACGUGACCAAAUGUGAAGACGCAACAGCUUUAAUUUGUCAGUUAUUGGAUAUUCCUAAUGAUGUGAAUGAAUGGACUACUCUUUACCAAAGGCUUGCGCAACACUUGGGUCAAAAUCAUGCUCUAAGAAUCUUUUACAAGAUUGAUCAAAAUGGUUAUAAUUGGGAAAUGUUAAGAGAUGUAAUUCCGAAAUCUAUUGCAUUAACUUUGAUCCCAGUUUGUGGAUUUGAACCGGGACAAGCUGUUAUUGUUUGUGGCAUACACUUUUGA